AUGUUCCGCGCUGUAGAGGACCGGCCUACGCCGAAGGAGGUGUACAACUGGAGGCUGUAUUUCGAGGCUUCGGUGAUUGCGACUGGUUCUUUCCUGUUUGGCUACGACUCGGCAUUCAUCGGUACUACGAUCGCAAGAAAGAGCUUCAAGGAUGAUUUCAACGUCUACGGGCCCGAGGCCAACAACAUCUCAAGCAACAUCACCGCUUCAUUCCAAGCAGGCGCUUUUUUCGGUGCUAUAUUCUGCUUUCUCAUCACCGAGAAGCUUGGUCGAAAAUGGGCACUUCAGAUCUCAAACGUCGUCUUCAUGCUCGGCGCUGUCAUUAUGACUGCUGCGACAAACCAGCUGUCCUUUAUUUACGCUGGACGCGUUCUCACGGGUUUGGCCUGUGGUGCUAUCACCGCAACCGUCCCAUCUUAUAUCGCCGAGAUUUCAGUUACAUCCAUUAGAGGUAUCUUGACUGGCUUGUUCGAAGUCACAUACCAGUCCGGUUCUCUAAUUGGCUUUUGGAUCAACUACGGCAUCAACGUUAACAUGGAUCUCACUUCUACGGCGACUUGGAGGAUCCCAAUGGCGAUUCAGAUAAUCCCAUCCGGCCUGUUGCUCAUUUUUGGAUGGUUCCUUCAUGAAAGCCCGCUCUGGCUUUUCCGGAAUGAUCGAGAUGAUCUAGCGUUACAAGCCUUGCAGGAUCUGCGUAAUCUCCCAUCAGAUCACCAAUACCUCCAAGAAGAGAUUCUCCAAAUCCGCAUCCGGCUCGAAGAAGAGGCCAUCAUUGCUAAGAAGUACGGUUCUGGUUCAUGGUCAUAUUUUCGCGGUGCUCUGUUUGAACUCUCCCGCAAGGGAAUGUGGAACCGUGUUCUGCUGGUCUUUUGUUCCUUUGCACUCCAGAACAUGUCUGGCGCAGCUGCAAUCAACUACUAUUCACCCACACUUUUUGGUUCUCUUGGUAUCACCGACGUGAGCUUGUGGACCGGAAUCUACGGCUUGGUCAAGGCGGUGGCCUCAAUCAUAUUCUAUGGCGCUCUGAUCGAUAUCUGGGGUCGCAGGAACCCGACCAUUAUCUCGUCGCUGGCUUGCUCCCUCUGUCUGUGGUUCGUGGGCGCGUAUGUCAAGAUUGGACACCCAGCCGACAUCAUCAAGGCUGGCGAGGAGCUCUCUCCUUCAACUGCGGCCGGUGGAAAAGCUGCAACAGCCAUGAUCAUGAUAUACAGUGUGUUCUGGUCUUUUGGUCUGAAUGGAAUUCCUUGGAUCGUCUCAGCCGAAAUCUUCCCUGGAGCGCUGCGUAACUUGACGGGAACAUGGGCGGCCCUCUGCCAAUGGCUUGUUCAAUUUGUGCUCACAAAAGCCCUCCCUUACAUUUUCUCGUCCUUCAAUUACGGGACUUGGUUCUUCUUUGCCUGUUGGAUGCUUCUCGCUACCAUCUGGGCGUUCUUCUUCCUUCCCGAGACCAAGGGAAAGACCCUCGAGGAGUUUGAUAUCAUCUUUGGCUACACAGAAAACAGAACCACCCCGAUGCUGGCUUCAAAGAUGAUGCAAGGAGAUGAUAAAGACGAUGGAGUUGAGGAGACAGAGCACAGGCUUUCCUAA